AUGAAAAGAAUAACCAGACUUUUGAAUGUAUUAGCAAAGGCAAAAGCCAACCCAAACCCAAGGAAUCAAAAAGAUCCAACUUUUUGUUUCAAAUUAGUAAAACUACUUGAUUCGUUUAGUAAAAUAUUAAAAAAGGUGUUUCCACCUCAACAUCAUCAACAACAGCAACAACAACAGAGUCAACAACUAGAUCAACAUUUACAAUUUGAAAAGUUAAAUAAUUCAACAACUACAAUGGAAUUAUUUAAUUCAAUGGAAUUAAAUUUACCUUAUGAAGUUAUACUUUAUAUUUUUUCUUAUUUAAAGUUAAAUGAUAUAUGUGAAUUAAGAUUAGUAUCAAAAACUUUUAACAAGAUAUGUUCAGAGUAUUCAUUAUGGAGAACAUUUAUAAUCAAGCUAUCAACAGCCACCAAACCACCACCUAGAGUAUGUCAUACAGCCGUCGUUUACAAUCAUAAUAUGUAUGUCUAUGGUGGUCAUCUUCCAGAUAGUCAUACAUUUAUUAAAGAUGUUAAAAGUGAUUUACAUGAAUUCAAUUUUGAUAAAAGAAAAUGGGUAAAAAAGAUAACCAAAGGUACACCAUUACCAGAAAAGACUGAACAUAGUUCAGUAGUAUACAAAGAUUCAAUGUAUAUAUUUGGAGGUUAUUCUGGACCACAAACCUAUUUGGAUGUAUCCAUUUACAAAUUAAAUCUCGAUUCUCUCGAAGGCAGUAUCAUUGAAACCAAAGGAGAUAUAUUACCACAAGGUAGAUCUGCACAUUGUUCCAUCGUUUGGGAACACUAUAUGUAUAUUUUUGGUGGUUGGGAUGGUACUGAAAGUAAUAAUUCUUUCUUUAGAUUUAAUUUUUUGAAUAGUGAAUGGCAAAGAGUACCAUCAAGAGGAACACCACCACCAUGUAUUAGAAGUCAUAGUUGUGUAUUGUAUGAUCACUUUAUGUAUAUAAUUGGAGGUUAUGGACCAGAGGGUCACACUCAGUAUCCCUAUUGUUACGAUUUGUUGAGUGACGAGUGGAUAUCGAUGGCACACAACAAGGAUGGUCCAUGUUCGAGAUCUAGACUACGUAGUGUAGUCUAUGACAAUCACAUUUGGUGUCUUGGAGGUUGGGACCGAUCCAACUAUUACAACGAUCUGUGGAAGUUUAAUUUAGAGACACGUACCUGGAGCAAGAUCUAUUCAGACUUUGAACUCAGUGGUAUCGGACAAUACUCGCUCGUCACCCACAAGAACAAUCUCUACAUUUACGGUGGCUACAAUCCAAACACUUGUUCACCACAACCAAACCUCUACACCUAUAUGGUUGGUCAUCCACAAUUACACGAUAAUGAGAUUAUGAGUCUAGAAAAGAUUUAUGAUGAUAAUGAUGAAAUGAUCAUCGAUGAUGAAGAAAAUGAAGAUGAAAUCGAAAUUGAAAUGGAAAAACAAGAAGAAGAAGAAAAACAAUUACAACCUUCACAACAACCAUCAUCAUCCACAUUAUUUGAUAUUGAAAUGUCAGACAGUACUAAUAAUAAUAAUUCAAAUAAUAAUGAAAUUAAAAAUAAUAAUAUUCAAGUCGAACAACAAGAAAUCAUUUUACCUUCGACAAGUUAA